UCAAAAUCUUUCUCUUUCUUUGCUCUCGCGCCUCGCUUGCACUUUACUCUUGGCCUCUUUCUUACCUCUUUCCUACUGCCACCUCUCUUUACGCCUCGCCCUCGCUUUCACUGAGCCGAAAUUAUCAACAUUCAUCCGUACCUCGCUCUCUCCUACUAUGAUUUCUGGAAAAGGUGAAAUUUUAGUCUUGCGUAUUGGUUAGUGCAAAUAUGAAGAUUUUGGUCGGCUUUUCCAGUGCUGAAACAUGAGGCUUCAGUGCUUGGAAACUAAAUGACUUUAAUGGACGAAAGUUCUUGCCCCCUAUCAUGACGGGAUGGAGACAAAGUGGCAUCAGUUUCAGUACAAGUUCAAUUUGUGGGUUGUGAGGUAAAAGCUAAGGCAGGGCGAAAUUUCACACGAACAUGUUUGAUUUGCUCCUCAAACUUCGCAGGCCUUAUGGGUCAGCCAUCCGGAGUUCGCUCUUUGACUCUCGGUUCUUCUCCUAUGCUGCGCAGAAUAAAAAUAUGGAAGCUUCAGCUGGAGGAAAUUCAAGCUUCAUCCACCCUGGUGCAAUUGUUCACCCCAAUGCCGUCAUAGGCGAGGGGGUUUCAAUAGGACCUUUUUGUUCUGUGAGUUCAUCUGCAAAAAUUGGCAAUUUUUGUAAGCUAUAUCCUGGAAGCCAUAUUUUUGGAAGUACCGAAUUAGGAAACAACUGUUCAUUGAUGACUGGUGCCGUUGUUGGUGAUGAUCUUCCUGGAUGUACCAUUGUUGGAAGAAAUAACAAAAUAGGGUAUCAUGCUGCGAUUGGUGUCAAAUGUCAAGACUUGAAAUACCAGCCAGAGGAUGAAUGUUUCCUGGAAGUUGGUGACAAUAAUGAUAUUAGAGAACAUACUUCAAUCCACCGAUCUUCAAAGUCAACUGAUAGGACUGUUAUUGGAAACAACAAUCUUAUCAUGGGAUCUUGUCAUAUUGCCCAUGAUUGCAAGGUUGGUAACGACAACAUUUUUGCAAAUAAUACUCUUCUUGCUGGACAUGUCAUAGUGGAGGACUAUGUUCACACUGCGGGUGCCAUCGUUGUUCACCAAUUCUGCCAUCUUGGUUCCUACUCUUUUCUUGGUGGUGGUUCUGUGGUUUCACAAGAUGUUCCCAAAUACAUGAUGGUGUCGGGAGAAAGAGCUGAACUUCGUGGUCUAAAUGUAGUGGGUCUUACUCGGCAUGGAUUCAGCAAUACAGAGAUCAGGAGCCUUAGAACCGCUUAUCAAAAGAUAUUCAUGUCCACAAAUGCAAACACUAGGUCCUUUGAAGAAAGACUUGCUGAUGUGGAGAAGCACGAAGAAUUGACUCACUUUCCUAUUGUACGUGCGAUGUUGAAAUCUGUCCGUGAUUCUUUUGCAGAAGAUCGACGUGGAAUAUGCAAGUUCAGAGACUUGAUUGGCUCUUGAAGCAAGAUGAAGUCUGAAGGAGUCAGUCUACACUGAAGCAAUUUUGAUGGAAAAUAUUGUAUUACUAAGAGCUUGUGGCAUGAAGAGGAGUUAUUACAAUAUAAAAAAUUGUUUGUAACAAUGAAUUCUUGUAUUUUUUUCUAGUAUUGAUUUGUGAUAUAGGGAUUUCUUGUGAGAGGUAUAGUAACGCAAGUAGAGUUUUGCAUUAAUCAUGUAGCUACUUGUAUUCUGCACACUCUAAACCUUGAGAACUUCAGAUUAUGGCAUGAGUUACUUAACCAAGUUGCUUUCUCCCUA